AUGUCAUCCAAAACGCCAUGUACAAUUACCUACAAGAAGCCUGGGACUUUACCUCCUGUCUUUCUUGCAGGCUCCUUCACUGAUCCACAAUGGCAACUUCAAGAGAUGGAAUACACUACUGGCCAAAACGGAGACCAUAUUUUUCGGUCUGAAGUUAUGCUAGAACCUGAUCAGGAUUACCAAUUCAAGCUCCGCAUAGGUCAUGACAAUUGGGCUCUAGCCGAGAACUAUCCUACUGCAACCGAUGAUUCCGGAAAUCAGAACAAUGUUAUACGCGCACCUGAAAAGCCAGCUGAAGAGCAGAUCGCACCAGCCGGCGUCGAUACGCCAGCGAUCAAUUUGAACCCUGCCAGUCAGCUCCCUUCGACAUCUACAGAAGCAGAAUCCGUCGCCGAGAACGCGGAAGAUUUCAAGGUUCCAUUAUUUGCACACGAGUCACUAGGUAACGAUGUUGAAGAAGAAACCGAGGACAACAAGAUACCAUUGUUGGCGCAUGAAACCCUGGGCGAUGAGUCCAAGGAGGAAGACGAAGCAGAGGCCUUCAAGGCACCUCUUUUGGCCCACGAAACGCUCGGAAACGAUGCGAAGGAGGACUCUGAAGAAAUGAAAAUGCCACUGUUUGCACACGAGUGUCUUGGUGCUUAUGAUUUUGGAGAAGAGCCAGACUCAGCUCCGAUCGCAGUCAAUAGCCCAGGUCAAAGUUCAAGAGCCAAAUCGAAGCACGACGAAUCUUCCGACAUCGACGUCAACGACCCUACACUCGAGACCUUCCCUUCCGAUCGCGGCUCGAUCCUUGAUGCCAUUCGGACCAUUCAGACUCACCUUGGAGAAGAUCAGACCCAUCUCGAGGACAUUCCUCUGUCACCUCGUGUAAUCACAUCUAGAAGGACUAGUCUGGAUUCUAACGAUGACUUGUGUUUGUCGCCCGCGUCUUUGAGUCCUACCGUUACUAGGAGACGAGACAGCAGACCUUCUCAUAGUUUCGGACGAACUCGUUCCUUAGUAUCUCUAGGCUCGAUCGAAGAGGAGCCCAAACCUGCUUCGAGCAAGCAAUCCGCAGGCCCUGCCGUUGUAUCUCUACCGAAUCCCAACUCCAAGAGCAAGCCGGUCGGGCAGAAGUCACCCCCUAGUGAGGAAGACGAAGCUGUCGUAAUGAAGACCUCAGAGGUAAAACCCAGUACGAAGACCAAUGGCGAGUCAGCAUCUCAAGUUGAAAGUUAUGAGGCCCAGAAUACCCAACACGAUAAGGCCUCCAGCGCCACCACGGCUGCAGAUCCCCCAGCUGCAAUCUCUCAAGCGAUCGACAGCCCAUCUAACGAUACGCCAUCGAUCGGUAAAUCUGUGCAAAAUGAAUCGUCCGGAAUCCCUGAGUCCGAAGCAGUUCAAUCCUCAAAAGAGCCACAACCAACACCAGAUCCAAUUAUCGACAAUAAAACCAAGAACACGGCGGCUUCAGGGGACCCUUCUCGAGCCCCGCCACGUGGCAGUGUUGUGCCUUUGGAUAAACAGCAACUCCAACGCCUGGCUUCGCAACAUUUCAAGCCUCGCCCCUCGCGCAUGGUUCUCUCAGAUCGAGUUGAUCGACCACCUCCGUCUCGCGAUGAUCGGCGCCAACGUCGUGAAGCCCCAGGUCCUUUUGGAGGAAUGAACAAGAAAUAUGCCAAUAUUGAUCCUGCCCGGAGAGCCGGUCCGCAUCGUGCGAUAGGAGGAAAAGAUGGCAAUGGAGGAAAGACAAGAGAGAGGGAAAACAGGAGAGGAGGACCAAGAGACGGAGACGAUCGAAAAGCGCUCAAGAUGCAGAGGGCUCUGGCUACAGUCUCGUACGGAAAGCGAACAGUGAUGAAAGAAAGCAUGACCGACUACGAAACAUUCGACAACUUUGAUCUCAUCCCCACCCUUCAAGUCGCCGUCAACGAAGAGCUCUUUAAGGGCAUGACAGAUAUCAAGCCAACCCCUGUGCAGCGACUAGCGAUUCCAGCUUUGCUUGGACAAAGAAGUCCGGACGACUUGAAAAGACCAACAGAAGAGAUGAGGUCAUUCUUAUUAGCGGCAGAGACUGGUUCCGGGAAGACAUUGGCCUAUCUGUUGCCGGCUAUCGAUGCUCUCAAGACUGCCGAAGCAGAGGACCCUGAGCUAAAGGCCUACCGUGAACGAUGGGAACUCGAGAAGCAACGGCAAUUAGAGGGCCAUUCCAAGGGCAAGCCAUUCGACGAGCCGCAUCCUACCAUGGCUCGUCCCAAGGUUGUCGUCCUUGUGCCCACAGCAGAACUUGCGCACCAGGUCACAAAGGUAUCCAAAGCUCUGUCACACGUUGCCAAGUUCAAGACAGAACUCCUCUCUUCGGACUUGAAACCCCAGCAGAUUCAGCGUAACCUGUACGGGCCUAGGGGAGUUGAUGUCAUCGUCUCGACACCUCAUCUCCUCGCAUCGAUUGCUGAUUCAGAUCCCAACAUCCUCUCCCGCGUAUCUCAUCUAAUCGUCGACGAGGCAGACUCUCUUUUCGACCGAAGUUUUGCUCCAGUCACCACCAGUAUUGUGGAGCGAGCGCUGCCCUCCAUGAAACAGUUUGUCUGCUGUUCAGCCACGAUUCCCCGAAAACUCAACAACUUCCUCGCCACCAACUACCCCAAGAUGGUCCGAAUCACCACACCCAACCUCCACGCUAUCCCCCGACGUGUCCAAUUAGGUGUUGUUGACGUCUCGAGAGAACCCUACCGCAACAGGAAGGAUCUCGCCUGUGCCGAUGCUAUCUACUCCAUCGGCCGUGAGUCUGCCAGUCACGAGGGACCAGUAAAGGGCGAAGUUGAUGUUCGCCGCAUAAUGGUUUUCGUCAACGAGCGGGAAAAGACCGAGGAAUUGGCGAACUACCUCAGAGAGAAGGGAAUCAAUGCCGAGGCUCUCCAUAGAGAUACACCUGAGAAGCGCCACGGCGAGGUUCUGGAGACUUUUACGUCUCCCGCGCCUCUUAGAAUCCCAACACCGUCAAUUGCCUCCAAGGCUCGAUCACUGGCCAACGUGAGAGUCCUGGUCGUUACAGACUUGGCCUCAAGGGGUAUCGAUACCCUUGCAGUCCGUCAUGUGAUUCUAUAUGAUGUGCCUCACACAACCAUUGACUUUAUCCACCGACUUGGUCGUGCCGGACGAAUGGGUCGACGUGGUCGUGGUAUUGUGCUUGUUGGUAACGACGAUAGGAAGGAUGUUGUCGCAGAGGUCAAGAACAGCAUGUUCAGAGGACAGGCCCUGAUUUAA